UUAAAGAAGGAAGCAAAAAUCUGGAUGGUUGUGUUGUCACAUUAGGCUGUGCGCGGCACGCCGAGAAUCCACAGACAAGACCACUCCCCUCGUUAGUAGACAAAUUGCUAAACGUGACACAACAGAGGCAGCUACAACCACCGGUUUCUACAUAACUCGGCCGAUAUGGCGACGAUGUGGGUCGAGUGGGAAAAUCCUCCUCAAGAACCCCAGCAGCCCGAGCCAGAUUCUCACCUCGAUUUCGACUUCCUUUCUCUUCUGUCCAAGCCUAAGGAUUAUUAUAAGAUAUUGGAGGUCGAUUUCGAUGCUACGGAUGAUGCUAUUCGCUCCAAUUAUAUCCGUCUCGCCCUGAAAUGGCACCCGGAUAAACAAAAGGACAACGGGGAUAGCGCCACUUCCAGAUUUCAAGAGAUAAACGAGGCUUAUCAGAUUCUCAGUGAUCCUGUCAAAAGGACAGAAUAUGAUACGAAGGGAAUGUUGCAUGUGUAUGACUAUGACAUAAUAGAGUACCUUAACCGUUACAAAGGCCUUAUAUUAACAUGUAAUGGUCUUGGGAUUAGGCAGUCAAUUUGGUAAGCCAAGCAGGAGGCGCAGAGUCCCUUCUUCUGUACAUUUGUUACAGUGCUCAAAGGGAGAGGCAUGCAUUUGUUAAUAUUGCCAGCGCGCAGUUGGGGAUGUGGGCAAUAGCUUGGAUGUGUUUAUGCCCUAUUACAGUUGUGUAUAGAGAACUGGAGAAAUUAACAUCAUCUGUAACAUCUCGUGCAUCUCCGUCUUAUGAGGAUAUGAGUAUGACUGAUUGUCCAAUGCAUGCUUGUUAAUUUACUAGGGUUGUAGCCAUUGGUUACUUGUUAGCUAGGAGUGGUUUUUAUGGACUACGAAUCUACUAUUGCUAGCUAGUUAAUGGGAUAUCAAGUGCUGUUUUUCUCC